AUGUUGCAGAACCAUCCAUCCAUCACUUCACCCACUGUUGCAGAACCAGCCAUCCAUCACUUCACCCACUUAACAGGGGUUCUCCAGCUGUAUGGAUGGACCAUCUUGUUUGUGGUGGUUGCAGUUCUGUACAUCGGCAGUAAAGUCAAGCCCUGGCUUCAGAACUACACACAGCACAAUGUUACAAGCAGCUACAAGAAAAUGGAUACCGGUGCAGUACAAGACCGGCUAGAAGCCAUGGAGAGGGCCCGGUUAAGGAUGCAGGCCCAGCAUGACGAAGAGGCCAGAAAGUUUGCCGAACGUCAGAAAGAGCUACUUGUAGAGGUUAGACUGGUCAAGGGUAAGAAAUCAAAAGAAACUGACUGUUGGCAGACUGACUGUUAUUUACGGGUUUUCCCUCUCCAGCCUGAGCAGUUACCAAAACCGGCUACAGCCAAGAGCCAACCCAAGAAACCACUAAAACCAGCGUACAAUCCCCUGAUGGGAGGUGGCAGCAGUGCGGCCUGUUACCGACCGUCGCGCAGAGGAGGUCCUAGUGCUGGUGGAUGA